AUGGGGUUGCUUCAGGAUUGCCAAUCAUACAAGUCACAUCCCUUUGGCUCUGACGUUGGAGAUGAAGAUAUGGCCACAUCUCUUAUUGGAAUUGGUAUACCAGUGAUUGAUCUGAAAAAGUUUGGAGAAGUUGAUCAAGAUGAAGAGGAGUACAAGAAACAGGGGGAAGCAUGCAAGGAAUGGGGAUGCUUCAGGAUCAUCAACCAUAACAUCCCCAUGUCAAUCAUGUCGGAGAUGAAGACAGUGGUGACAUCUCUUCUUGACCUUGCCAUGGAAAUCAAGAUGCGCAACAGCGACAUCGUAGUCGGACCCAGCCAAGCCAACCCUCUUUACUAGACCUUAGGUCUUUAUGAUUUGGCCUCGCCACACGCUGUGCAUGCCUUUUGUGAUAAAUUAGAUGCUUUUCCAUACCAAAGAGAGAUAAUAGAGAAGUACAGUGGAGCUGCAUAUAAGGUGGCCAUGGAUAUAGGGAGAAGGAUCGCCAAAAGUGUAGGGGUGGUUCGGGAGUAUGAUCUGUUCGACGACUGGCCUUGCCGGUUUAGGAUAACCAAAUACAAUUUCACUCGUGAAUCUCUUGGCUCUUAUGGCAUACAAUUGCACACUGAUUCUGGAUUCCUGACAAUACUUCAAGACGAUGAAAAUGUCGGUGGUCUCGAAGUGGUGGACGACAAAUCUGGUGAAUUUUUGGCAGUAGAUCCUUGGCCUGGUACUCUCCUCAUCAAUCUUGGAGAUACUUCUAAGGCAUGGAGCAAUGGGAGGUUCUGCAAUGUGAAGCAUCGUGUACUAUGUAAAGAAGCAAGUAUUCGAGUGUCAAUCGCUUUGUUUCUGAUGGGACCCAAAAAGGCAGCCAUUGAAAUCCCUCCAGAGCUCGUGGACUCGAAGCACCCGCGUCUUUAUAUCCCUCUUAUUUAUGAAGAUUACUUGAACCUCCGAAUCUCCACAAAUAUGAAAGCUGGUGAAGCUCUUCAACUUGUGCGUACCACUAUUUGUGAAAUAGAAACCAGCAUGCAUGUCCUAAUUAAUUCUGUAGUCUCUUUUGUUAUAUAUUUAUUCUAUCAAUAUGUAUUUCAUGCCCCAACUCUCUAA